AUUCACUAAUGAGCAGUUGUUGGUAUCAGUAUAAUAUUCCUAUUACACAAAGUUGGUAGAAGUUGAUGGUUUUUGGUUCUGAGGUUUGAGGUUUGGAUUAAAGUUUUCUGUAGACUCAAGCAUGCCUUUGAGGGUCUAUUGGCUACUCCUGCUGAAUCUUGCUGUGAACAUCAGUGCUGAAACUGUUUACAGCUCUGGCUCCCAAUAUGGAAGAGAAAUAGGAAACUUAGCUGAGGCCGAAAGGACUCCUGCGACAAGUGAAAGCCUACCACAGGAAGUUUCUUGCAGUGGUGUAAAGGGUCAAGGUCCUUGCUCUGAGAUGGUAUCGACAGGUGGCAGUAAUGAUCCUUCUUUCCAGGCUGCAAGUUACAAUGGCACUUUCUCUUUCUCUGGAGUGGCCUCACAGGGAUCAAGGCAUGACAUCAUCCAAUUGGGAGACGCCUAUAGCUCGCCAGUUUUUGCCUCUUCUUUAAACUCCAGCCCUUCAGUCAGGGGUUCUAAUCUGGUUCAAAACUUGCAGCCUGUAGUUUCUAACAACAAUGCUGAGUAUGAUCCCAGUACUCCUCAUAUUGCAUCAUAUGGCUCAGUGUAUAGACUUCUAAAACCACAUGGUGCCUACAGCUCCUCUAGAACUGUGCCUUCUGCAAGCUAUAAGCUUCCUAUUAGCAGUUCUGUGACAACAAUGUCUAAGUCUAUACCAAAUGGCCAAAAUGGUUAUAAGCCUGGGUUCUCUCAGAUUAGUUAUGAUGCCACACAACAGGGAGAUGCUAAUAACUCUGUGGCUGCUACAUAUUAUUCAAGAAAUAAGCCCUCUCUAAGCAGCAUGGUGAUCUCAAGUGGCCCCAUGAUAAAAUUUAUUAUGCCAAAUGAGAGUAACUACCAACUUGUACAAACUAUCAACAAAGCCCAGAGUAGUAACGAACCUGAUACAUCCAUUAAGCCAUUGGUGACAGUUGACCUACCUACUACUGAAACCUCUAAGCCGUUUGAGCAUAGCCAAGGAAUGAUCUAUCAAAGGCCUACUUCCCAGCCUCAAGUGCCAAAUGAAAGCAGAUGCCAGUGUCCUCAGACUGUUAAAAAGCCAAUAGCUUCCCCCAAACCUCAUUUGGCAAGUAAAAAUCCAUCAACUCUCCAAUCAAAAACCACAGAGACUAGGUUUACACACCUGGGAAAUGCCUACAGCUCAGUGGACACAACACACAAAUCGUCCAGUGUCUUCAAGCCAGCUCAAACUACCUAUAUGCAGCAAAUAGCCCAGCAGCUAGCAGGUUUUUCCCAAGAUGAUGUACAUGACUCUAGUUCUACUGUAGAACCAUUAAGUGGCUCUGUAUAUACAAGACCAGGGUAUGUCUAUGGCACAUUUGUAAAUACAGGUGCCUCGAUGUACAUGCCCUCUAGCAGUGCAAAGACAGUGCAAAGCAACUACAUGCAACAUUUCUAUGAAGCUGGACUUUAUUUCACCAAAGUUGUUUAUGGUUCUUCUUCCUCUGCAGUGGCUUCAGGUGACUCAAAGGAUGGUUUUACACUGUCAGGAAAUGCAAAUAGCUCAGCUGAUAAUACCUAUACCUCAAAUUCUCAGCCCACUGCUAGCGGUUCCAAUUUGUCCCAAAAUCCAUAUUUCAUAGCAAGGCAAGGUCAGAGCUCUUACUCUAUGUUUAAGCCACAGCAACCCAACUACAAAUCUUUUCCAACAAGGUAUAUGCAAAUACCAUCCAAGAGUUUCAAUACUUCAUUUUCUCAAAAGGAUUCUGUUCAGGAUUCUGAGCAGCUAAACCAAAUGAGGAAUCAGCUGCCCGAUAUCCAGGCUGUAACUUCAGAAGGCUUUCAAACCUGGCACCAUUCUGUCUUGGUUUCUGCCCCUCUCCAGGACAGUGAUCAAAGUAAGCACCCUCGAAAACCUGAUUCCCAACCUUUAAUAUCUAUUCAGUCUCAUCCAUACAAACCUAAAAACCUGUUUGAGUAUUUGUCAAGCCUGCCUCUCCCAGCUGGGCAAUCUGUAUCCAGCAACUACAACCAACUACAAACUGGACAAUCAACUGGACAGCCAGAAUCUGCCAAUUUAACCAAUUAUAACCCUAUCCAAACAAUAAAUUCUACAUCUAAACCAAUCCAGGGUUAUCACAGUCCUGCCCCUUCACUUGUGUCCCAAGGAAGUGUUGGACUUGCUAUGCCAAGGCCUGUUUCUGACCCAUUGAAUAGUGGGUAUGUUGUAGACCAGGCUAGUAAUCAGUCAGUUGUCCUUGUCAAGCCUUCUCAACAAUUCUUCAGGCCUUUUUCAUCAUUGCUUAGUAGUCCAGAAAGUCGGCCCGUGUCUUCAGAAAGUUGGUAUAGACCUUCACAACCAGAUUCAGAGUUUGCCCUGAGAAGCUCCAGGCCAGUGCUGAAUUUCCAGAAAGUUUCAUUUACCAGGCCACUCCAGUCUGGGAAGGGUUCAUUCAGUCCUACCCAGAAAGAAUAUGAUUCCAAUCAUAGUAACUACCAGUUGUCUUAUGACUAGAUGGUGACGGAAAAAUGAAAGGCCCAUUUCUACUCAAGAGUUUGUUUUGCAGUAUGAUCAAGGUGUUUCACAAGAAAACCAUGGAGCAUAUUCUACUGAAAUUAAACAUUCAAAUAGUACAUAUAAUGAGACUUCUGCCCAGAAAUAGGUUGGAUUUCCUUAACGUGGUGCAGGGCAUGUAAUGACCUUGGAACUCAAGACUUUCCUGUGUCUUACUAGGUUGACCUGUCUCUGCAGCUACUUAUUUAACUGCUGUCAUGAAUAAAGAUUGCCUUUAUGAAAAAUGUUUUCUUAAAUCUGUUUUAUAGCUUGGUUCAUCUGUGGUUAUACUGCUACUGACAA